UCACUUUGGGAGCUCUUGCAGAGCAGUCGAAAACGCCUUUGAAACUCGGACCGCAACGCCUAUUUUUGUGAGAGAAACGUUACGAUAUUUAAAAACAAUAUACACAAGAAAAAACAUAAAACGCAAACGAAGCAAAAAACCUACACGAUAUUCUAACACUGAGAAUGCUGUUAAGAAAUUAAAAAACCCAACAACAACAAAAGUAAUGAUGUAUUAGAUGCUUUGUGCUUUGAAAAUUUUGUGUCAUCUAAAUUUGUAGUUAAAACCCGCAUAUAAAAAAACAAAAAACAGGAAAAAACAUUGUGUGGUGCUGUUGGUUUUGCAGAGUCCCCUUCCCCUCCAAGAAUUUUUUGUCACAUAUAAAUUUCUAGUUCCAUGGUGUGUGUUGUACGAUUGCUGCUACUUCUGCUUUUGCCCCAUCCUGCUGUGCAUAUCUAUACAUCCAACAAUAUUUAGUCUUCACAAAACUAAACAUGAUGCUGGACGACGACAACUCGGAUCUCUUGGCUUGUGCCACCGAGAUACAACCAGAUCGCUUGUACUUUGUGGUAUUCAAGAAGAAUAUCAAACCAAAGAAUACGGCGAACACACAUUAUUUCAACAUCGAUGAGGAGUUUGUGUAUGAGAAUUUCUACAAUGAUUUUGGGCCACUCAAUUUGUGUAUACUAUAUCGCUACUGCAUGAAGCUCAACACGAAAUUAAGUGCCAAGGGGCACGCGAACAAGAAAAUCGUGCACUACACCUCAAUGAAUCCGGCGAAGCGUCUAAAUGCGGCCUACCUGAUUGGUUCGUAUGCAAUAAUCUACCUGAACAAGUCACCAGCAGAGGCAUAUAAACUACUUGUUGCCGGCGAUUUGCCAGCGUAUACGCUGUUCUGUGAUGCCAGCUAUGGACCCAGUAGCUUUAAGAUCUCGCUGCUCGACUGCCUCAAUGCCAUACACAAGGGCCUGCAGGCGGGCUUCUUCAAUUUCAAUGACUUUGAUGCAGAGGAGUACGAGUAUUUUGAGCGUGUCGAAAACGGCGAUUUCAAUUGGAUUGUCCCCCAGAAGUUUAUCGCCUUCUGUGGGCCACAUCAAAAGUCGAAGACGCUACCCAACGGUUAUCCAUGCCAUGCACCCGAACGCUAUUUUAGCUAUUUUCGGGAUAACUUUGUGACGACCGUGAUACGUCUGAAUGCCAAAGUGUAUCAUGCUUCGUCGUUCGAGAAUGCUGGCUUCGAUCACAGGGAUCUGUUCUUCAUUGAUGGCAGCACGCCGAGCGAUGUCAUACUCAAGAAAUUCCUAAACAUUUGCGAGACGACAAAGGGCGCCAUUGCGGUGCAUUGCAAGGCGGGCUUGGGACGCACGGGCAGCUUGAUUGGCGCCUACAUCAUGAAGCAUUACGGGUUUAGUGCACUGGAGGCUAUCGCUUGGCUGCGUUUAUGUCGUCCUGGCUCUGUGAUUGGCCAUCAGCAGCAAUGGAUGGAGGACAAGCAGAGUUGGUUGUGGUCGGAGGGCGAGCGCAUGCGACGCCGCAGCUCGUUGCCGAUGCUGCAGCACAAGUAUGGCAUCUAUAGCUUGGAUCUGAAGACGAAACUGGUGGAGAACGAACAACUGCGUCAGCAGCAACAGCAGCAGCAACAGCAACAGCAAUCCUCGGCGAGUCCCUUUGACCAUGUGGAUCUGUUGUUGACACGCGUCAAGGGCAUUUCACAGCGGGUGGACACAAUGCAUUUGCAUGAUCAGGACACGCUGGAUGCGAAUAGCUACAGCGGCAGCGGUGGCGUUCAUGGUGGCGGGGAGCAGACCGAUGAUGAGCUAUCCGAACGGCAGCUGGAAUUGCAGGAGCAGGAUUUGCACUAUCAGUCGACGGACGAAACGAAUUGCAAUGUCAGCGACAAUGAUACGGACACUGCAAGUGCUGCGGCCGAUCAACCGUUGAGCUCCACCACCAGCUACACGAUUUCAACGCGACGCCGCAAAUCGCCAUCGAGCGCCAACAAGCCAACGAUCAUAGCCACCUCGCUGCGUCGUCUGGUCAAUCCUAAUGCCGCCUCGCGCAGCAGCAAUAACAAUAGUGGCAAUAAUGGCAACAAUCUUGUCUUGGAGCCAAAUGCCGUGGGCAGUUGCACGGAGAAGAAGCUGCGCAAACCGAGUGCCAAUGUGUUUGAGGCGGCUCGCCAUACGAUUGCCUCAUCGGUGCGCAUGACGCAGACGGCGCUCGAGAAGAGCAAGGCGCAGACGCAGGGCGAUAAACUGAAUCAAAUCAAGGCGUUGCGGCGGCAUCAUUCGCGUGCCAGUAACACAGCAGCGGGCACAAGUGAAAUUGACAGCAAUCUGCGGCAUACGCGCGCUCGGUCUCAGCCAUUUCGGAACAACAACAAUGUGGUUGCCAUGUCCACGACGACAUCGUUGCCUCUCAAGGCGGUGACAACGACAACAGCCACAACAACAACGGCAGCAGCGGCAACAACAUCACAUAACCUUAACAACAACAACAACAACUACAAUAAUCUAAGCAACUCCAUGCAUAACUGUAACAAUAAUAGCACUAACAACAACAACAACAACAACAAUGUGCAGACCAACUCGACGGCUAGUCGCACUCGCAGUCUGGCCAUCUAUAGCAAAAGAAUGGAGUUGAAACACUUGCGCAAAGCGGAACAACAACAGCUGCAGCGAGAAGAACAGCAACAGCAACAACAGCAGCAGCAGCAACAGCCUGUUGCUGUUGGCGAUAAACAAUUGAAAUCUUAUGCCACUAUCAAUGAGAGUAAAAUUCCGAUUGGCGUUGCUGGCAGCUCGGCAACAAUUCCGCCCAUUCGAAGCAGCGUUUCGCGCAGUUCGCAUCAUCACAUGACGUUGCGUGGUCGAUCGCGUGUUCGCUUUCAGCGACCUGGUGUUGCAACGACGGGGGCGGGGUCAGGGUCGGGUUCAGGGUCGGGAACGGGGGAGCAACAACAGCAGCAGCAGCAGCAGCAACCGUGCACCGUGGCAACAGCGCGUUAUUAUCGUGAUGUGUCUGCGAUACCCACGGUGGCAACUGUUGCUGCUUGCUACAACAUUGCAACACGCUCUUCAUCUGCCACGCUUGAUCUCAACUCGAAUCCGCUAACGACAGCAACAGCGGCAGCAUCAACAACAAGCGUUACAGCAGCCAAUGUUACGGGCAAAUCAAAGAUACCCAAUUUGAACAACAAUCACAACCACAACAACAACAACAAUCACAACAACAACAACCAGCAACACAUCUGCAAUUUGAGUAAUUCUUCCACGCAUUCUUCUACACCUCCUCCCCCAGACACAAGGCAGCUUAGCGAUGAGCAACAUCAGCAUCAACACAACUUCAAUUUGGGCAGCAAGCGUAGCAAACGUUCCCUGAGCUCCACACGCAUCGAGAAGGACAAAUGCGACGAGUACAACACGAAAUUGUUGCGCAAAACAAGUGUCGCUGCAGCAGCCGCCGCAGCAGCAGCCAGCAAGAGCAACAGCAACCUUAACAACAACAACAACAACAAUGGCAGCAGCAAAUGUGGCACGCCAACAACCAGCUUAGGAGGCGGCUCAGGAUCUGGUGGCAGUUUUCGACUUUCGCGACGCAUUUUCGCUGAAUCUGGUUCGUCGGCCUCCACAUCGGCAUCGAAUUCGGGGAUUCCCACGCCCACAGCACCGCCCACAUUGCCGUGGCAACAACAAUUGACACGAGGUGGCAGCCGUUUGACCCAGGAACGCGAUCGCGAUCAUCAGCAGCAGCAGCAGCAGCAACAACAGCAUCUUAAGCUGCGCAAGAAGAUCAGCUAUUAGAUUAUUUUUUGCCACAUUAAUUAAUUCGUGUAAAUCUCCAAAAUUCUUUUAGUGUUUUAGCAAAAAUUUACAAAACCAGCUCCCACAACCUCAACAAAAAAAAAUUAAAUAAGAGAAAACACGGCGGAUACGUAAUUCAAGAGGAGAUGGGAAUGAAACCGCUAAAAGAUUGCCUUCGAUAACUGUGAAUUCGAUUACAUCGAUAGGAGCGAGAAGCGAGUUUUUUUUUAUCGAUUUACCUAAUCUCUAUUACUUUUUAUGGAUUUGGAAAUAAAAAAAGAUGAACACAUUUUGUUUCAAU